AUGGAGUCGACGCAGCUCGGUGACAAGGAAUUCCACCAGAAACUGGAGGAGGUCGGUGCAGUUCAAAACAGCGACGACGAAGUGAAGCAAUUCGGCGUCGUGCCCACUGAGUCUGCAGACGCCGCGAUGCAAGGAUCUGGCUGGCCAAGCCCAGUGGCAAAAGGACUUCAGGAGACGCCAGGCUGUCCUCAACCCUCGCACCGCAAGCUUUCAGCCUAA